UGUGCGAAAUGUUCAGUACCAUUAUUCGAGGUAUUUCAGUCUACUUUGCCUUAUACUAGAGCCGAGUUAGAGGAAAUUAGAGAGUUUUGGGCCGGGGGUUUUCUCGAUGAACUUGUAGAUGGAGACGCCGAAAAACGCGGAGAGAAGUUGGGUCCGACAACGUUGCAUCGGCAGAGGCUCCUUCGCCACCGUGAGUUUGGCCGUCAGCAAGGAGGACGGCCGCGUUUUUGCCGUGAAGUCCGCCGGCGGCGCCGGCGCCACCGCCUCCCGGAUGGAAUCGCUCGAGGAUGAAAUCCGGAUUCUCCGGGCGCUUUCGUCGCCGUACGUCCUCAGGUACCUCGGGGACGACGAGACUUGGGAGCCGGCGCCGGUCAGGAAUUUACACUUGGAGUACUUGCCAGGUGGCACCGUCGCUGACGUGGCGAAGCGGGGCGGCGACGAGGCGUUGGUCCGGAGCCACGCGCGGUGCGUGGCGGAGGCCCUGAGGUACGUUCACGCGCUUGGCAUUGUGCAUUGCGACGUCAAGGGCCAGAAUGUGCUGGUGGUGGGCCACUCUUCCUCCGGGCUUGCCAAGCUGGCGGAUUUCGGAUCGGCGGUGGAGACGGGGAGUGAUCGGACGGGUAAGAUCUCGCCACGUGGCAGUCCGUUGUGGAUGGCGCCGGAGGUCGUCCGCGGGGAGUACCAGGGGCCGGAGUCCGACGUGUGGUCCCUCGGGUGUACGGUCAUCGAGAUGCUCACCGGUAAGCCGCCGUGGGAGGACCGCGGCGCCGUCGACACGCUCCGCCGGAUCGGGUACUCCGACGAGCUACCUCGGAUCCCGGGCGAACUGUCGGAAUCCGGCCGCGACUUCCUCGGAAAGUGCCUGCAGAGGGAUUUCAAGAAGAGAUGGAGCUGCGAUCGGCUGCUGCGCCAUCCAUUUCUUUCGGUGGUCCCUCAACUACCGGAGUCUCCCGCCUUUUUUUCGUCGCCCCGCAGGGUGCUGGACUGGGUCGACUCGGACACGGACUCGGAGUCGAACUCAGCGAGUGGCACCGUAAACUUCUCGGCGAAGGAAAGGAUCGGGAGGUUAGCUUCGGGGGCAAAAGGGUCAGAUUGGGAAACCGAUGGGUGGGUGGCCGUGAGGAGGGAGGGGGAAGGGGCAAUUUCGGAAUUUCAGAAUUUGAUUAGGACGGAGGGGCAAAUCAGUCCGGAAAAAUCUGAUUCCGUGGGGAUUGAAGAAGAGAGGACAAGUGGAAGCGAAGAACGUUCAAGUUCCGGAAUUGACGGAGACGGCAGUAUUCAAGGCGGCGAAGGGCCAAGCACGCCUUGGGUUUCGCCGGUGCUCCGCCCGGUGGCCGGCGGUGGUGGUGACGACAACCGCUUUGUGGUUGUUCACUCGUAAUUGUGUUGUGGGAAGUGUAGUUUUUUAUAUGUGAGUAUUUAAUGUGCCAGUGUAGAAUGAAUAUAUGUUGUUAUA